CCUCCACACACACACAUACACACACACACACACACACACAUACUGAACUCACGUGCAGAAUGGACGCGGCACUCACGGCUUGAGCUCUUCUCGUCCACCACAUUCGUCUUGCUUGUGUCGGAUUCUCGAUUCGGUCGCUGAGGAGCAAUGAAGCUGCAUAUGGUGUCGCGGGAGCGGACCGUGAAGUCCUGGCUGUUGUUCGCUCUCCUGGGUCUUUGCGGGGCGUUCGGGCCAAGCAAACAAGAAGAGGAGGACUAUGAAGAUGUUCCUAUCAACAAGACUUGGGUGUUGUCUCCGAAGGUCUAUGAGAGCGAUGUGACGCUGAUCCUCAAUAAACUGCUGCAGGGCUAUGACAACAAGUUGCGGCCUGACAUAGGAGUGAGGCCCACUGUGAUUGAAACUGCUGUGUAUGUCAACAGCAUUGGACCAGUGGAUCCCAUUAACAUGGAAUACACCAUCGACAUCUUUUUCGCCCAGACAUGGUACGAUAGCAGGCUCAAAUUCAACAGCUCAAUGAAGCUGCUCAUGCUCAACAGUAACAUGGUAGGAAAAAUCUGGAUUCCGGACACAUUCUUCAGAAAUUCCAGGAAAUCCGAUGCCCACUGGAUCACCACUCCUAACCGCCUGCUUAGGCUGUGGAGUAAUGGGAGAGUCAUGUACACUCUGAGGUUGACUAUAAAUGCGGAGUGUUACCUUAAGCUGCAUAACUUUCCAAUGGAUGAGCACUCGUGUCCGCUGGAGUUUUCAAGCUAUGGUUACCCUAAAAAUGAGAUCUUGUACCGCUGGCAAAGACGAGCAGUUGAAGUGGCAGAUCAGCGAUACUGGAGACUCUACCAGUUUGCUUUUGUUGGACUGAGGAACAGUUCAGAUGUUGCUCACACCCAGUCAGGCGAGUACGUUAUCAUGACCAUCUUUUUUGACCUGAGCCGAAGAAUGGGAUAUUUCACCAUCCAGACCUACAUCCCCUGCAGCAUGAUUGUUGUUCUUUCCUGGGUCUCCUUCUGGAUCAACAAAGAUGCUGUUCCUGCCCGCACGUCUCUAGGUAUCACUACAGUGCUCACAAUGACAACGCUCAGCACCAUCUCCCGGAAGUCUUUGCCUAAGGUGUCAUAUGUGACUGCGAUGGACUUGUUUGUGUCCGUGUGCUUCAUCUUCACUUUCGCUGCUUUGAUGGAGUACGGCACCUUGCACUACUUUACCAGCAACAGACAGACCAAGAAGUCCAAGUCAAACCACAACACACAGCAGAGAGUUCCAAGCAUGGUAAACAUCCGUCCUGGGACCUCCCUGUUGCAGAUGAACAAUAUUGUUCCUUAUCACGAGGACGACCAGUUCGCCUAUGAUUGUUUGGAUGGGAAAGACUGCGCCAGCUUCUUCUGCUGCUUUGACGAUUGUCGCUCUGGAGCCUGGCGUGAAAACCGCAUGCAUGUGCGAGUUUCUAAGAUUGACUCUUACUCACGAAUAUUUUUCCCCACAGCCUUUGGCCUCUUUAAUUUAGUCUACUGGAUCGGAUAUCUUUAUUUAUAAACCCUGUGAUGACUUUGGAGUAUAGUAUUUAUAAGAAAUUUUUCCAGAGAGAAUGUCUUGACAAACUAUUACUCCUUACUUACCACAACUUACUUAAAAUAGAUGAGGUAUUUUGCAGUGCCUUGAAUCGCUUGUAUAGCUUGGGGCACUAAUAUUCUUCAAUUGCCAGACAGCUUAAUAACUAUGAGGGCAUCGUUUAUUAUUAUGGUAUAUUAAUAUAACAUAAACAUGGUAAUGCAUCUAAACUUGAGACAGGUGUUCCUGAUGUAUAUUGUAGGUUGCAAGGUUUUUUACACAAGUGCUUGAACCUUUUACAUUUACAUCCAAGCAGGUCAUUUAUAAGUAUCUGCAAAAUGACUGAAGAACAAUAGUGUUGCAUCAAAUUGUCAUGUAGAGUCCUUUUACAAAACUGAUGUCUUGACUGAGAGAGAUGGGGAUUUCUCCUUCAGACAAAGAAAUAUGGCUAUGAUGUUGACCUAAUACUGCAUGACAUGUCCUCAACAACUAUGGUGUUUCACUUAAGUGUGGCGGGAAGUUGUAGUUAAAGCAGGAAAUAAAGACGGUAAGGCUAUUCAUUAUUUGAUGGUGAGCUAAUCUGCCAAGAUGUGUCGUCCUUUUCAUCAGUAGUGAACGUCAGUUUGUGGAAACCAUUUGUGUUGUGUAUAUAAGUCAGCUUCAUCCUCCAAUUUUCAUCUAUCAGCUUUUUGGAAAUGGUCCAGAAGAUGAAAUGGUCCAUUGACCUGAGUGCAUGCUUGCUACCUAGUCUAUCAGGUGAAGUGGCCAAACUUGAAAAAUAUAAAGUCACAUGGUCUCCAGCAGUGGAAUAUGACAAACACUGUCAAACACAUUUUCUCGGCUAAAAUUAUUCCAGAAGAUGCUGUUGGUCCAUUUCCUCCCUUGUCAAAACAAAUUAAUUGUUGUGCAGUGUCUAGAAUUAGCAAGUGCAAAUAACUACACCUAUAAACAAGGCGACUAUGUAAUGAAAACAAAUGGGAUUUCAAACCCUGUCAUGUGAAAUAAUGAAAUACACGGCUACACAGUCUGCACCACUGACAAAAUUUUCAACCACUUUUUUUCCAAAUCUUUGGGGUAAAACAAGUUGUAUUUGUUCAUUGAAGGAAACAAUUAA